UUUUCUUUUCUUUUCUUUUCUUUUUCUUCUGCACUGCACAACUCCUACGACCAGCACUUGUUGCACCAGAAGCUGGAGUGGAACCCCACCAUUGAGGCAAUUUCGUUUUGUCGUCUCGUUUUUUUUUUAUUCUGCUGCAGUUACUUCAAACUGACGACGAGAAGAGAGAGAAGGACGGUGGGUCGAUUAGAUAGGGAGAAGAGAGAGAGAGAAAUAUAGAGGAGGAAGAGGAGGAGGAGGAGAAAGAGAUCUUUUUAGUUUUGAUAAAUGGGUUCGUCAUCUGGGCUCGGGAACAGCUAUGAUUACUCCUUCAAGAUCUUGUUGAUCGGAGAUUCGGGUGUCGGUAAGAGCAGUCUACUAGUUAGUUUCAUCUCCAGCUCUGUUGAUGAUCUCGCCCCUACCAUCGGUGUGGAUUUCAAGAUCAAAAUGCUCACAGUUGGUGGGAAGAGAUUGAAGCUAACGAUAUGGGACACAGCUGGACAGGAAAGAUUCAGAACAUUAACAAGCUCGUAUUAUAGAGGUGCACAAGGGAUCAUUCUUGUUUAUGAUGUGACACGGCGAGAAACCUUUACAAACUUGUCCGAUGUAUGGGAAAAGGAGAUAGAGAUGUACUCCACCAAUCAGGAUUGUAUAAAGGUGCUUGUUGGGAAUAAAGUUGACAGGGAAAGUGAAAGGGCUGUAACUAGAGAGGAGGGAAUUGCUCUUGCACAAGAUUAUGGAUGUCUAUUUCUUGAAUGUAGUGCAAAAACUCGAGAAAAUGUGGAAAAAUGCUUUGAAGAACUUGCUUUAAAGAUACUGGAGGUUCCUAGUCUAUUGGAAGAAGGAUCUACUGUAGUAAAGAGAAAUAUUUUGAAACAAAAACAGGAGAAUCAAUCACCUCCUAAGGGUGGUUGUUGCUCUUGAAAUGUUGAAUGGUGAGGCCAAUAUUAAAGGCUCUCCUAGAAAUCAAAUUGGAGGUGCUGUAGCAGCAGUUGUAACACUAAUUGAUGGCCAGAACUUGCAACAAUCUUCAUGGUGAAAUGAUGUAAAUUGUGAUUUCUUUUCUUAAAUCUUGCUGUUAUUGUUGGUGGUGCUAUUGUUGUUUUAGAUUUUAAUGUCUUCCUGGGUGUUAUUUGGGUAAUAGAACGCCAAUCAGAUCAUGUAAAGAGAAAGUGACAAUUGAUUAUGUAACAAAUGAGUGUAAUUUGUUUAUUCUGAUAUGAGAUGUAUAAAGCAUGAACCAUUCCCCAA